AUGGAGGCCCUCCUCUCCCUCGCCUUCGACAACCUCUCGUCCUACGACGGGCCCAAGGUCCGCAAGGGCCUGCGCCAGGUCGAAGGCCUCCUCGCGCAGAUAUGCCUCUCCCCGGACCAACACCACCCCAAGGCCGACCGCCAGCGCCAGCGCAGCGCGGCCACCAACGACAACGUCAACAGCACCUUUGGCGGCGGCAACAACUACAGUAACAGCAGUAGCGUCAAGUCCCCCGGCCAGCAGCAGCAGCAUUCGCCACCGCGCAAGGACCUCGCCCAGCUGUCGCACGACCCGGCGUUUCGCGAGUUCUUCAAGCUGCAGGAGGGCUUCGAGUGGAACGUGGCCAUGCGCCUCAUCGGCACGCUUGACCGCCUGAUGGCCAAGGGCAGCGACGGCCAGAACGACCUGCUCAUCCUCAGUGCACUGGACCUCAUCCAGGGUGUGCUGCUGCUGCACCCGCCGAGCAAGUCGCUGUUUGCGCGCGAACAAAACAUGAAUCUCCUCCUCGACCUCCUCGAGCCCUUCAACUGCCCCGCCAUCCAGUCCGCCACGCUCCUCACCCUCGUCGUCGCCCUCAUCGACGCGCCCACCAACACGCGCACCUUCGAGGCCCUCGACGGCCUGCUCACCGUCACCUCGCUCUUCAAGUCGCGCUCCACCCCGCGCGAGGUCAAGCUCAAGCUCGUCGAGUUCCUCUACUGCUACCUCAUGCCCGAGACGCCGUCCAUCCCCCGCGCCCCCGGCAACGGCAACCACCGCGACUCGGUGCCCGCCAUGCUGCAGCGCAGCCCCAGCAAGCUGGCCGGCGCCUUUUCCGCCGCGACGGGCACCGGCACCAGGCGCAGGCGCGCGGGCAGCGGCGGGACUCUCUCGGCCGCCACGCUGUCGACCGAGGAGAAGCAGGAGCUGCUGAGCAGGCAUCUGAGCAGCGUGGAGGAUCUGGUCAAGGACCUGCGCACCUGCGCCCCCUUUGGCGGCGUCGUGUGCUAG